AUGGCCAAGUCCAUAACCGCACGUGAGUUGCGCCAGCAUUGGGUAAAUCAGCAUGAAGUUGCCCUCCUCGACGUCCGCGAAGAAGGCCCCUAUUCCAAAUCACAUCCUCUAUUUGCACUAAGUGUGCCAGUAUCAGAGAUUGAGAAGACGUUAUCUCCGUUGGUUCCUCGAUUAUCAGCCCCGAUCGUUGUCUAUGACGACGGCGAAGGUUAUGCAGAUCAGGCGACGGCCCGGAUAUUAGCCCUGGGGUAUCGGGAUGUUGCCAUUCUGAAAGACGGGCUUUCUGGCUACGCCCUCGUCGGUGAGGUCUAUCGCGAUGUGAACGUACCAUCGAAGGCUUUUGGCGAACUUGUCGAAUCCAUCAACCACACCCCAUCCUUAUCUGCGCGAGAUGUCAAGGAUGUUUUGGAGAGCGAAGCAGAUGUGGUUGUCUUGGACGCCAGACGUUUUGAGGAGUACAAUACCAUGAGCAUUCCCCGUGGCCGCAGCUGUCCAGGAGGGGAACUUGUGUAUCGCUUUUUCGAGGCUGUAUCCUCUCCGGAAACCACAGUCAUUGUCAACUGUGCAGGUCGAACACGGAGUAUUAUUGGGACCCAAUCUUUGAUCAACUCUGGAAUCCCGAAUAAGGUGGUCGCGCUACGAAAUGGGACAAUCGGGUGGACAUUGGAGGGGUUUGAAUUGGACACCAGAAAGACGGAACGGGUUCCAAGUCCUUCCGCUCAGGCAUGUCAAAAGGCAUGUCAACAUGCUGAAUCGUGGGCAAAUCACGUCGGCGUCCCGUUUAUUAAUGGCGACCAGCUCGCUCAAUUUACCGCGGAGUUGGAAGAUCGGACCCUCUAUCUAUUAGAUGUGAGAGACCCGGAGCAGUACUCCCUCGGACACCCAGCCGGCUUCUCCAAUGCCCCCGGUGGUCAAUUGGUACAAGCCACCGACGAAUGGGUCGGUGUUCGAGGAGCUCGCAUUGUUUUAUACGACACAGAUGGUGUGCGAGCGCGCAUGACAGCCAGCUGGCUGUUACAACUCGGAUGGGAGGUGUAUGUCUUCGAAGAGCAAUCCCAAGUGCCCGAUGGGCUUCCAUUGCCUAAAGGCCCUUCAUGGCAUGCUUCAACGGGUGGCUCUAUUACAAUCAAUGACCUUCAAACCCUCUCAGGAGCUAUUGUAGUAGAUCUCGCCCGCAGUCCAUCCUAUCGUAAAGGCCACAUUCCGGGCGCAUGGUUUGCUUCCGGACCCGAACUUGCCCGCGACUUGAAAGGUAUUGAUGGGGACGGCCCUAUCGUGCUGACCUCGCCCGAUGGUGAUGUUGCCGCCAUGAAUUUUGACGACGCACGCAAAUGGGUCUCUCGAGAGGUUUUAUAUCUGGCAGGAGGGACAAGUGCCUGGGUAGCUGCAGGCCAUCCCCUCGAGACGGAGUCAAGGUGGCUGUCGCAACCAAUCGACGUAUAUAAAAGGCCGUAUGAAGGGACAAGCAACGCUCGCAAGGAUAUGAAAAGGUAUCUUGACUGGGAGAAUGGGCUUGUGGCACAACUGGCGAAUGAUGGGGUCGCUUGUUUCCGCGUUGUGCGGGAUACGCGUGAGGAGUGUGGGAAGCUGCGCUGA